CAGAUUUGUCCGAUAUCCAUGAAGGCAUCACCAGAAAAUGGGCGUGUUUCUUUUCAGCAACAUGUCGGCAUAGGAGUUUUUAUCAAAACUUUACAUUCAAUAUUUAAUCAAUUUAGACUUCCAGCGGUUAGGAAUUUGAGGAAUAUGUUGUGUGAGCGUAGCGUUGACUUAGUUAAGCCUUUUGAUAAAGGUUUAUUAUGUAGGUGUAUAGUUUUAGUGGUAUUAAUUAGCAUAAACUUUUCGGUUUCUGACUGUGAAGGAAUCGAUUCAGAGAGAUGUCUUAUCUGGGGUCCAGGGCUGAACCCCGACACAGUUUUACCAGUCCGCUACUUCUUUAUUCACGCGGUCAAUUCAAAGGGAGAGAACCUGACUUCAUCGCCAGGUAAAGACACAUUUAAAGUGAAGAUAAGUCCGAAGGACACACAGGAGCACAUUCGUAUCCACGUCCCUCCACCUCUGGACAGGGGAGACGGGUCUUUUCUGGUAAGGUACCGGCUCUAUGGCACUGUGCUGAAGGGCCUGGAGAUUGAAGUCUUCCACCAAGAUACUGCUGUUGCAAAGUCACCUUACGUUAUCCAAGGUCCAGUCUAUCAUGAAUACUGCGAUUGUCCAGAACCCAAUGCUUCCGUUUGGCAGAGCGUCAUGCAGUGUCCCGCUGAGGAGCCUCAAAUUCUGGCAGACUUUAAAGCUUUCCCAACAAUUGACCUGCAGCGUCUCCGACAGGAAGCGCCUCUCAGAUUCGCCAACAGAGGAGGUCUCAUUCACUACGCCAUCAUCAACAACAAGUUGUACCGCCGCACUCUGGGAAAAUACACAGACUUUAAGAUGUUCUCUGAUGAAAUCCUGCUCUCUCUAACAAGAAAGGUAAGGGUGCCUGAUGUGGAGUUUUACUUAAAUGUUGGUGACUGGCCAUUAGAGACGAGGAGGGCUGACGCUGUUCCAGUGUUGUCAUGGUGUGGCUCUACAGACACACGGGACAUUGUCCUCCCCACUUACGAGGUCACACACUCCACCCUGGAGACCAUGAGAGGUGUCACCAUUGACCUGCUGUCCGUCCAGGGAAACACAGGGCCUCCAUGGAUUAACAAAACAGAUCAAGCGUUUUUCCGUGGCCGAGACAGUCGAGAGGAGCGUCUUCACCUGGUCUCGUUGUCCAAGAAAAACCCAGAGAUGCUGGAUGCAGGCAUCACAGGAUGGUUCUUCUUCAGAGACAGGGAGAAACAUGUUGGCAAAGCACCACUUGUUGGAUUCUUUGAAUUCUUUAAGUACAAGUACCAGGUGAAUGUGGAUGGAACAGUGGCAGCGUAUCGGUUUCCUUACUUGAUGCUCGGGAACAGUCUGGUCCUAAAGCAGGACUCACAAUAUUAUGAAUAUUUCUACAGCCAGCUUAGAGCAGGCACUCACUACAUUCCCGUGAGGAGAAACCUGUCGGACCUUUUGGAGAAAAUCAAAUGGGCCAAAGAGAACGACGCUGAAGCACAUAAGAUUGCCAGGGAAGGUCAGACAUUGGUCAGAGAGUUGCUGCAGCCCAGCAGACUGUACUGUUACUACUACAGAGUGAUGCACAUGUACGCAGAGCGGCAGACAGCACAGCCAACACAGCAUGCAGACAUGGAGCUGGUACCUCAGCCGGACGACCACACUGCUGUAUGCACAUGUGAGGGUAAAAUACACAAAGAAACCAAUAUGAAAGAUGAACUAUGAUGCAAUUGGUGUUUAGUCUUUAAUUUGUUUUUCUUUC